AGUUUGCACAACAGAUCCGUAAAGUCCCUCCUCACUUCUCUGUAAAUGUCAUUCCCAGAACUGAACAGCUUGUUGUGAGUACAUGCACAGACUGUGUCUUAUGACCGCUUUUUAAGUUCGGAUCAGGGAAAAGGCAGAAAGAGUGGCUGGUGGGUAGCUGUGAUCGGAUUCUACGUCUAGAAGCAAUCUUUACACAAUGAUACGUGAGGGUCUGCUAUUGUUUGCUCUGAUAACUCGGGCUGCUGCUAGUACAGGAGGAUGUCGGGCACCCGAUGGAAAGGAUGGGCUGCCUGGUGAACCAGGAGAACCAGGAAGAGAUGGGAGACCUGGAGAAAAUGGCAACACAGGGGAGCCAGGCAUGUACACUGGCAUUCAUGGUGAGCCAGGAAUGAAGGGGCGACGGGGGAAUCCAGGGCAGCCAGGAAAAAAUGGUCCCAAAGGAUAUGUUGGCCCAGCAGGGCCCAAAGGUUUACCUGGUGCUCCUGGAGCCAAAGGACAGAAGGGAGAAUCUGGGCAAGGGGUCGGUCAACAGGGGAAAGAAAGACCUGCCUUCUCUGUCAUUAAAAACGCAAGCAAUAACCCUUCUCCUGCAAGUCCAGUCAGAUUUGACAAGGUAAUCACCAAUGAGGGAGAAUGUUUUGAUAUUAAUCAGGCUAAGUUCCGUUGUUGUAAAAAUGGCUGGUAUUUCUUCACCUAUAGCAUGGUCUCCAAUGGGAAACUGUGUGUGAACAUCAUGAAAAAUAGAAAUAAGGAAAUUGGACUCUGCGACACCCACGGGAGCAAAAAUAGCUGGCAGAGUAAUCAGCUGAAUUCAGGCGGGACAGUACUGAGGCUAAGGAAGGGAGAUGAGGUUUGGCUUCAAACCACGCCUGGUCACAACAAUAUUUUUGGUUCAGCUGAAAUCAACAGUAUCUUUUCUGGGUUUCUUCUCUUUCCAGACAAUUAAUGUUUAAAACUACUUUGGAUUAAUAAUAUUUUGAAUGCUUUGCCAUAAGUCAGGGAUCCAAGAAUCAGCUGAUUAUAUGAUUGACUGACAUUAAUACAUCUGCUCACCUGCAAUUACACACUAUGCUUUGUAACCCUUGCUAACUGCUGGGAGUGACUAUACCCAUAUCCAUAAAAAAGGAGAAAACAGAAGAUUACGUUUUAAAAAUCAUUAUAAUUGUCCAAAAAAUGAUCUCACUAUCAAUCAUUCCUUUUCUCAAAUGUCCACUCUUGUCCAACAUUUUCAGUUUCCAUUAUCUGGCUGCCAAUUCUAUUUCAUAUAAAACUAUUGUGGCUACAAGUGGUAUCUACUCAUUGAAGCAACAUGUACCUACCAGUUAAAAUAGAAACAAACUACUAUGAAUGAUGGAGACACCGUUCCCCUCUCCCUCAUUCACAAAGAUACUGUUCUUCUCUCCCUCGUUUGUGGGGAUACUGUUCCCCACUCCCUUAUUCACAGAGACAGCAUUCUCCUUGUUUUCAUUCACAGAGACACUGUACCACUCGUGCCCAUUCACAGAGACACCGUUACCCUCUCCCCAAUUCACAGAGACACAGUUACCCUCUCCCCCAUUCAUAGAGACGCCAUUCCCCUCUUCCCCAUUCACAGAAACACUCUUCCCCUCUAUCCUAUUCACAGAGACGUUGUUCCCCUCUAUUGAAUUCACAGGGACACUGUUCCCCUCUCCCCAAUUCACAGGGACAUUGUUCCCCUCUCCCCAAUUCACAGAGACACCGUUACCCUCUCCCUAAUUCACAGAGACACCAUUCCCCUCUCCCCCAUUCACAGAGACACUGUUCCCCUCUCCCCCAUUCACAGAGACACCGUUACCCUCUCCCCAAUUCACAGAGACACCAUUCCCCUCUACCCCAUUCACAGAGACACCAUUCCCCUCUCCCCAAUUUACAGAAACACUCUUCCCCUCUAUCCUAUUCACAAUAACGUUGUUCCCCUCUACUGAAUUCACAGGGACACUGUUCCCCUCUCCCCAAUUCACAGGGACACCGUUCCCCUCUCCCCAAUUCAGAGAGAGACCGUUCCCCUCUAUCCCAUUCAGAGACACACCGUUCCCCUCUCCCCCAUUCACAGGGACACUGUUACCCUCUCCCUCAUUUGAGGGGAUACUGUUCCCGGCUCCCCCAUUCACAGAGACAGCAUUCCCCUCGUUCCCAUUCACAGAGACGCUGUACCCCUCAUCCUCAAUCACAGAGACACUGUUCUGUCUUCUCUCAUUCACAGAGAUAGCAUACCCCUCUCACCCCAUUCACAGAUAUACUGUUGUCUUCCCCAUUGUCCACACAGAGACAGUGAUCCACUGCUCUGAUCUUUCCCCCUCUAUUUCAUUUGUAGUUGGAGCUGUAAUUCACAUUGCCAGUCUCCUUCUCUUUUUUAACUCCUUCUCCACUGUAAGAAUCUAUUUGCAAAUCACAACAUGGAUACUGUUUCUUCCAUCUACAUUUGAUAAGCACCACCCCAAACCGCAUCCCCUCCCGCCGCCCCCCCCCUCCCCCACCACCACCACCAAGGCUGCACACAGGCACAUAAGAUAGAUAACACUGCCAGAGUUUGCUCCUGUGGCAUCACCACUGUUUUAUGUACAAUUCAAACAUUUAUGAAAAGUUUGCAGAUAAUAGAUUAUAGAUAGGGUGGACAGUGAGAGUCUUUUUCCGAGGAUGAUGAUUUCCACUUGUACAAGGGGGCAGAGCUACAAAUUGAGGGGUGAUAGAUUUAAGACAGAUGUCAGAGGCAGAUUCUUUACUCAGAGAGUGGUAAGGGCGUGGAACACCCUGCCUGCCAAUGUAGUUAACGCAGCACAUUAGGGGCAUUUAAACAGUCCUUGGAUAAACAGAUGGAUAAUGAUGGGAUAGUGUAGGGGGAGGGGCUUAGAUUAGUUCACAGGUCGGCGCAACAUCGAGGACCGAAGGGCCUGUUCUGCGCUGUAUUGCUAUAUGUUCUAUGUUCUAAUAGCACAGUCAAAGUGAGAAAUAACUUUGAUUUUAUAUCAGCUCUCGAGUGAUACAUUCCCAUGUCAAUAUUGUAUGGAAUUUAUUGGUUGGGAUAACAGAUUGUACAUUUGUACUUGCCACGAGCAAUCUGUGCUAAUGAUACAGCUGAAAACAGCUAAUAUCAUUUACGUAACUACUUGGUAACAUUUCCAGGUCAUUCUGCAAUUCACACUCUAAAAUGUUGAAAAGUUGGACCAACACUUUGUAUUGAAAACCAAUUCCUGAACCCUGCACUCUGAAAUUUCUGUUUGUUAAGUUGUAAUAAAUGCUUUACUGUAUUUGUAUAACAUGUUUUUACUCAUUCCUUUAAUAAUAAAAUAAAUGGGCAUUUCCCCAACAA